UGCUGGAAUGAUUUUGCCACAGACUUUCUGGAGAGCUGGGAGCUGAAUUCCAGGGGAUCCCCACGUUGAUGAGAGAGAAAGGGAGCCAGCAAGCCAUCAUGUCCAUGUCGCUGCGAGUCAGCCCGUCCAUCCGCGGCUACCACUUUGACACGGCCUCCCGCAAGAAAGCUGUGGGCAACAUCUUUGAGAACAUAGACCAGGAGUCACUACAGAGGCUCUUCAGAAACUCUGGAGACAAGAAAGCAGAGGAGAGAGCCAAGAUCAUCUUCGCCAUAGAUCAAGAUUUGGAGGAAAAAACCCGGGCCCUGAUGGCCCUGAAGAAGAGGACGAAGGACAAACUUCUCCAGUUCCUGAAGCUAAGGAAAUACUCCAUCAAAGUUCACUGAGGAUACAGGAUGGCGAGGACCGCAUCCAAGAAUGAGCACCCACCAAAGGACUCAGUAAGACUGAGAUGCCCAGCGGGCAGCGUGCUGUGGCUGGCUGUAUGCGUCUGUCCUGUCAGAGCUCCGAGUGCAAAGGGACAGAACUGACCAGCCACCUUCAGCCCGUGCUGUCAGUGGCGACAAAAUGCCUUAGGAGGGAUCUGAGAACUCUCCCUGUUGGCCAAGACUGGUGCUGGUGGAGGAGGCUGGCCCUGGCUGGGAGAUCUGAGACCCUGGAUGCUGGAGGACACAUCUGUGGGGUCGUGCUCAGGCCCUGGGGCUCAGGCUCAAAAGGACUAUUUUUCUUCUUCUUUUUCUCCUUUUCCUUCUCUUCCUCCUCCAUUCUCUUUGUUUUUGUUUGUUGUUGUUUUGUUUUGUUUUAAAAACCGAACCAGGAAGGCAGAGGGAAAGGAAGAAGGGAAUGAGAAUAUUAAGCAUAAAUUGUUUACUGAAUUUUUUAUCUGAAUGUAGACGUGGCCGAACCUCAGUGUUAUCUGUUGGUAUCGAUUUUGAGAGAUCAGUUAUGGGUUAUUUAUUUGCAUCUAUCACAGCGCCUAAAGAAGUGCUGCACAGAAGUGAUCAGUGCAAACAGAAGGAAUGUGGUGUCUUUUGUGGCUCAGUAAACCUAACGCCACCUCCUGGCUGGCUAUAAAGUUAUUUUUAUACAUUUUAAGCAGGUUGCACAAACCUAAGAUAAUGGGCUUCUUUUUCAAUCUGAAGUACUGUGAAAAGUUUAUACUUUUUUAUCUUCCGCUAAUGCUAAGGUAUCAUCUAAUUACAUGUCUCACAUUACUGUAAUAAGCAUUAGGAAGUUAACAUGGUAUAGUUUAUAAAGAUGCUGUGGUUUCUAUAAUUUAUUAUACAUGACAAGUGGUAUGCAACUCUAUAAUAAAUUAUUAUAAACUUA